AUGUCCAGCAUGCCCGUCAUAAUUCCCGGCGGCAAGAUCGACCCGUCCCUGACUCCGCUCACCACAGGCGUCACCAAGGAGCUGGAGCCGCACCACCGCCGCCUCAAGGAGGAGGAGGAGCGCAUCCGUGAGGAGUCCAAGGCCAAGGAGGAGAAGCUCCGCAAGAGCUUGCGCCUGUGGGACAAGCUCGAGCGCGAGAGCAAGGCGUUCGAGCUCAAGAGCGACCUCAGCGAGAAGAGCCUGAAGAAUAUCGCUGGCGAGGGCAUGGGCGGUGCCGCCUUCUAA